AUGAGAAUGUCAGCUGCACACACGUAUAAGCGUUUACUCACUCCACGAGCCGCCGCUUCGCCCUCUCCGCCCCAGACGCUUGCGGACGACAUCGAACGCAAGGUUCUCGAGAUCAUUGCCCAUUUCAGCAGAGAGGGGCAUGGCCUGCCUACUUCCAUAAGAGCGAGGGCGGAGGAGGCAGGCACGCCGCUGUCAGAGCGCGAACUGAUCUACCUCAUUCCUAUUUGGUCCGAAUCAUCUCUCAUUACUGGCUGGGAGCUACUGGAAGCCGAUUGUGUAGCUGCUAAAGGAGACGUCUCGCUCGCGAUUGCCCGCAUGGAAAAGACACUUCUUUGGCGCAGAACCGAGAAUGUCGAGGAUAUCCAGGCGAUGGCUAAUGAUUGCAAAGCGCAAGCGGCGACAGGCCAGAACAUCAUCAUGGGUUUCACGAAGCAGAACAGACCCAUCAUUUACUUCUUUCCGAAUAGAAAUACGACGCCGGUCGAGGAACGAAAGAGCAUACAUAAUAUCUUCAUGAUCGAGCGAGCAUCUGACCUUAUGACCGGCGGAAUUGGGUCAGCGCUGCGGGCCAGGGCAGUAGCGACAACGCAUGGAGCUGACGCACAAGCGACACCAUGGUCAUCUUUAGCUUCAGAGGAAGCGAAAGGGUCCAUCCGAGAGUCUAACCGUAAGCGCUCUUCCCAUUUGUUCGCUCCGCAGAACGCUCGCGAGACAAUGCACAUCCUCUCCGAGUACUACCCCGAAACGCUCCACACGUCCCACUUUCUCGGUAUGCACUGGAUUGUCCGGGCCUUCGUUAAUCUCGUGUGGCCCUUCGUCGACGCCAAGACUAAGCAGAAAGUCAACUUCGAGACGGACAUUGUUGGGGCGGGAGAUGUGGAGCCAGGGGAGCUUCUCAGGGAGUGCGGGGGAGAGCUGGACCUGCCCUACGAUCACGAGACAUACUGGUCGACGAUGCUGGAGGUGGGUAAAGAGCGCAGAGAGGACCAAAUGCGGCGGUGGCGGGCGCUAGGGGAGCCCCAGGUCGGGAGGGAGGAGCGCUUGUUCAAAGUAGCACCGGAGUAG